AAAGCAUAGGCCAUGUCAGUUAUCAUUGCGUUUGUUAAAAUCCUAGUUAUCCUUAAUAUUUGUAACGCAAUGACAAUGAAACAAAUAAAAUCAACAGGAAAGAUGAUGCGAAAAACAUGUCAACCGAAAAACAAUGUUGAUGAUGAGAAAAUUGAUCCAAUGGUUAACGGCGUAUUUAUAGAGGAAAAAGAAGUAAUGUGCUACAUAGCAUGCAUCAUGAAAAUGGCUAAUGCGAUAAAAAAUGGUAAAUUUAAUUAUGAUGCUGCGAUGAAGCAAGCAGACCUGCUCUUGCCAGAGGAAAUAAAGGAACCAGCUAAAGAAGCAAUAACGGCUUGUAGGAAAACAGCGGACUCUUACAAAGACGUUUGCGAGGCAUCAUUCUACUUGACGAAAUGCAUUUACAACCACAAUCCAUCUAUUUUUUACUUUCCCUAAUAAAUAAUUCAAAUGUACAGUUAGUUUUAUAACGAUUUCUACUUAAGAUAAAUAUGUAAUGAUUUUUAUAACGAAACAAUUUCCUUUACAUUGAUAAUAUUAACGAUUGUUGGAAACCCUACUCCUGUAAAUUUAA